GGUCUGUGAAGGAACAGAGUUCUGACAUGGCAAAGCUCCCUCCCUCCCAUCUGGCUUUAUGGGUUCUUCAGGUCUAAUAAACUACCUCCUGAAGGUUCACGCUUUUUAAAAAAAGAGGAAUAGAACAGGAAAAAAAAUGGCAGCAGAAACUCAGACACUUAACUUCGGGCCUGAAUGGCUGCGAGCUCUGUCCAGCGGCGGGAGCGUGACAUCCCCUCCCCUCUCUCCGGCCCUGCCCAAGUACAAGCUAGCAGACUAUCGCUACGGGAGAGAAGAAAUGCUGGCACUUUUUCUAAAGGAUAAUAAGAUACCUUCAGACCUUCUGGAUAAAGAGUUUCUGCCUAUUUUACAAGAGGAGCCCCUGCCACCACUGGCACUUGUACCUUUUACAGAAGAAGAACAGAGAAAUUUCUCCAUGUCUGUAAACAGUGCUGCCGUCCUGCGGUUGACGGGACGCGGAGGAGGAACGGUGGUAGGGGCUCCUCGAGGUCGAAGUUCCUCUAGAGGUCGAGGCAGAGGCCGAGGAGAAAGCGGUUUCUACCAAAGAAGUUUUGAUGAAGUGGAGGGUGGAUUUGGGCGAGGAGGGGGCAGGGAAAUGCACAGAUCACAGAGUUGGGAGGAAAGGGGAGACAGACGCUUUGAAAAACCAGGGCGAAAAGAUCCAG